GGGACUGUUACCAUGACAUAAGGUGCUCACAAAGGUGGGACGAAUAACGUGGGACCUGGAAGGACAUAGAGGGAGUCAAGUCUCCAAAGGACUCAGUGGAGCCUUCCAGAGAGAAAAAGUGGCAAAAAGACACUUGAAGAGCUAGAGAAGCCAUGUGAGGUCCCAUGAAAACAGAACUGUCUGCUUAUACAGUGCCGUUUUAGAAGACUAGCCUUUGACCAAGAAGUGUUGUCGGAAUAAUAUGCGAACAGAUCAUGAAGAACUCUGUGGCACCAGUUAUGGAGCUUUUUGUCUAAAUGGAGGGAUUUGUUAUAUGAUUCCUACUGUACCCAGUCCAUUCUGCAGGUGUAUUGAGAAUUACACAGGAGCCCGCUGUGAGGAAGUUUUGCUGCCCAGCAUCAAGUCCCAAGCUAAAGGUGACCUGUUCGCAGCUUUCUUGGCUUCACUGCUUCUUCUAGGAGUUCUUGUAAUUGGAGCAUUCUACUUCCUUUGCAGAAAAGCUUCCAUUCCAAGGACAAGUUCCUCACAGUAUGGUGCCAACCUGGUUGAAAUGACAAGCAGUAAUGGCUGCAUCAAAAUAAUAACAGAGUAAAGCUUUAGAGUGGAAGAAUGCUGGGAAAGCAACAUGCAGAGCAACCCUAAGAACACAGUAGUUGUAGAGGAUGAUGUCAAAGGAAGAUGAGAGAAGAAAGUAGACUGAAAUAGGAAGCUUACCCACAUGUUGGAGAAGACAAACUAAAAUACAAAAAGUUGCACUUCCCAAGUUUCUAUGUAUUUUUGAAGGCAUAUAAAAUUAUACAGAAAUCACUAAUUUA